AUGAAAAAGCAUCAUUUCAGCAGUCUCCACAGCUGCCAUCGCUGCAGUGCGGAAUACUUUUUGCCUCUCAAGGAGUGGGUUAAAAAGUGUGCAAUCUCAGGGAAACCUGAGGUGGCAAAAGAAGCUAGUCAGACCUAUUUAGCUAGCAUCAAGAAAACGUUAAAAAACGGGCUCAUGGUAAGGAAAGAUUCCAUAAAGAUCUGUCCUCACGGGGCACUGCGAAUGAUCAGAGAAGAGGCGCCUCAGGAGUGCAAGAAAAGUCAGGAUAUGGCCGAUGGUGCAUGGUUUAAGAAUGUGACUGUUGUAUAUAAUAUAUUGAAAUGGUUCAAUGUGGAGACAGCUCACCAGAUCCUCUUUGAUAAGGGAGAUAAUUUUCUUUACAAUGGCCCUUUACUGGUGUUCAAGGAUGAGGAUUUUACAUGUCUUCAGAACGCAGAAGCUGUCGUGCAGCUGAUAUGGGAAGAUCACCGCACGGUAGAGUCAGUAGUAUGUUUGAUAAGACUGGAUCAAUGGGACUAUUAG